AUGCAUUUCACCCGGAGUGACAUCCAAGUGGGUUGGCUCAUUACCAGCAAUGGUAGCUUCGCCGGCGAACAAAAGGUUAUCGCGAUCAACUUCCCCGAGUACCAAGUGGCCGAUGGGACAUGGAUAAACUGGGAAAAUAUUCAGGGAUACAGACAGGGGCCUUGGGAUAUGGAGACUUUUGGGAAGUGA